AUGGCUGGGGUGGGGCAUGCAGCCGAGGACUUUGUCGUUGCGCGAUGGGCGGCGAUGAUAGAGGAUCCCAUGUGUGCCGAGCGGCUGUGUGGCUCUACGCCUGUGGUGCUGCUGGCGACGGGCGCGCUCUCGCCGUGCCACCGCAUGCAUGUGGGCGGACUUCUCGCGGCACGGGCAGCCGUGGAGGACCGCGGACUGUUUGGCGCCAACGCCGUGGUGGUUGCUGGCCUGCUCUCGCCCUCGCAUGAAGAGUAUGUGGGCGGAAAGCUUGGCACCGCAGCCAUGGACGGCGAACUCCGCCUGGCGGUCGUGGCAGCGUCGAUAGCCGACGCGGGGCUCGAUGGAUGGAUGGCGGCCGAUGACUGGGAGGUCUCUCAGCCGACCUUUGUCGACUACCCGCGGGUGGCGCGGACGCUGCACGCGCGCAUCGUCGACGCAGCCACCACUUCAGGUGCUACCGAUCUUGCGGCCUCUCUCCGCGUUGCUUACGUCGCUGGCGCCGACCACGUUGCCAAGUGCUUCAUGGAAGGCCUGGGCGCGCGCGGCAUCGGCGUUGUCUGCCUGCCGCGCGGCAUGGACACCGUCCGUGCCCGCCGAAAGUACCCCGAUGAGCUCGAGUGGAUCGUCUUUGCCACCGACGAUGAGCUUGCCGCCGCCGCUGAUGCCGUCUCGGCCCCGACCCGUACCUCGUCGACCCUCGUCCGGCAGCUCCUUUCCGCCCCAGCUAGAUCCGAAGAGCACGAUGCCGUCUCCACCAUGCUCUUCCCAUCUGUUCUCACCAUGCUCGUUGAUUGAAUCUUUUUGCCUCG